GGCAGUGGUAAACAGGUGUGUCCCAUGGAAACCACAGUCUGGCUUUAGAUUUGACUCAAACAAACACACAAGUGUACACCAAGUCUGUGGGACUCAAAAUGCAAAGAUUUCAGCAUGGUCCGUCUAUGGUUGAUCAAAUGACAAGACUCAAACUCAAACUGCUGGAGAAGAGACUGGAAAACGAAAAGCACAAUAUGGACAAUAGUUCAGAGUCUGCCCAGUCUGCAAGGAUUUAUGACCGACAUCUAGAUCAACUGCACUGUGCACUGUGGCGAAAGCAGGACCUGCUGAAAAGACUCAGGGAGGAGCAUAUAUUAGAGGACCUCAACAGACGUCACAGGUGGGGAGGGUCACACAUAAAGUACAAGUCGCAUUUCUUCCCACUCCACCAGCCAGCUCCUGCGCUGUCCUUUCUGGUGCCUCCACCUCCUGCCCCGCCUCAGCCUCCACACAUCAUUCAACAGACUCUUCCCCAGCAGCCUGCCACCAUCAUACAAGAGCUGCCACAACAGCAGCCACUAAUUACUCAGAUCCCCCCACCGCAGCCCUACCCACCACCACGCUCAGGCGGCAUCAAAGAGGACGUGGUGGAACUGAUGCUGAUGCAAAAUGCCCAGAUGCAUCAGAUCAUAAUGCACACUACAAUGCUGAAAGCCACACCUCCUAUGUUGCCUCCUAUGUUGCCACCAGUGCCCUGUUACUGUGCCCCUCAAAUGACGUAUCUUGGGCAGGACAGUUACCGGCGAAACCCCAUUUUUGUAAGGCCAGAUGUUAAACCAAGAGGAAGUGCUGUCCAUCAUCAUCAUCAUCAUCAUCACUACGGUACUACCCCUGCAGCACCACAGCUGCCUCCCAUCAGCCACCCUACAUGGCCACCAGAGUUGCCAUCUGUCCUAACAGGACACGCAGGAGGACAGCUACCCUCCGUACACCACGAAACAGCCCCUUUCACACUCCCACCACUCCAUGCAGGACUCAGAUUUCUCUCUGAGAGUCCCCCGUUACCAGAGAGACCAUGGACGACUGUAUAAGACUGGUCAAAAAAAAACCCCAG